AUGGGGCCGCGGCACCUGCUGCUGCCGCUGCUCCUGCUCUCCUUGCAGCUCCUGGCCCUGCUGCCGGCCGCGCAGGCGGCCGGGCCCCCCCGCGCCAAGGGCAACCGGACCCAGGUGGCGGCGGCUCCGCGGCGGACCCCCAAGCCGGGCAAGGAGCUCCUGAACCAGACGCUGGCGGGCCCGGGGGCGGCCGCCCCCACGGCGCUGCCCGGGCGAGGGAAGGGCGCGGGGGGCGGCAAGACGCCCUCCGGAGGCGGAGGCGGCGGCGGGAGCUCGGCACCGGCGCACGAGACGUGCUGGGGGUACUACGACGUGAGCGGACAGUGGGACAAGGAGUUCGAGUGCAACAACAGCCUUACGGGCUUCCGCUACUGCUGCGGCACCUGCUUCUACCGCUUCUGCUGCAACAAGCGCGCCGAGAAGCUCAACCAGAGCCUGUGCCGCAACUACAAGAGCCCCGAGUGGGCCCACCCCACCACAGCCAGCGGCGCGCUGCCCGCCGACGGCAGCAACGGCGCCGACGGGGACGCCAACAAGUACGACCCAGACAAGGACAGCACCAACGCCACCGUCUACAUCUCGUGCGGGGCCAUCGCCUUUGUGCUCAUCGCCGGUGUCUUUGCUAAGGUGGCCUACGACAAGGCGCGGCGCCCGCCGCGGGAGAUGAACAUACACAGGGCUCUGGCUGACAUCUUAAGGCAGCAGGGACCAAUCCCAAUAGCACACUGUGAAAGAGAAACUAUCUCGGCCAUAGAUACCUCCCCCAAAGAAAACACUCCAGUCCGGACAUCUUCCAAAAACCAUUACACCCCUGUGCGCACCUCCAAAAGCAAUGCAGGUCACUAUGGGAAGGAUAUUUAUCGAAGUGGAGGGCCAGAUCUCCAUAAUUUCAUCUCCUCCGGGUUUGUCACAUUAGGACGAGGACACACAAAGGAUGACCAAGAACAAAAUUAUAAUCACCUGAUACUAAACAGUGCCACCCAGACACCUACACAUGACACGCCACGGAUGAACAACAUCCUUACUUCUGCCACCGAACCUUACGAUCUGUCCUUCUCCCGGUCCUUCCAGAACCUCUCUCACCUCCCACCAUCCUACGAGUCUGCCGUCAAGACAAACCCAAGUAAAUAUUCUUCUCUGAAGAGACUAACUGACAAAGAGGCUGAUGAGUACUACAUGAGGAGGAGACACCUGCCUGACCUGGCAGCCCGGGGCACGCUCCCCAUCAACGUCAUCAAAAUGUCUCAACAGACCAACCAGAGGGACAGGCCCCGCCGCCCCAUCAGGGCCAUGUCCCAGGACAGGGUGCUGUCUCCUGAGAGGAUCAUGCCUGAGGAGUUCAGCAUGUCCUAUGAACGGAUCCUCUCAGAUGAACAGCUUCUGUCCGCGGAGCGUCUCCACUCACAGGACCCUCUGCUCUCCCCGGAGCGGUCGGGAUACCCCGAGCAGUCCAUGUCACGGGCACUGUCACACACAGACGUCUUUGUUUCAACACCUGUCUUGGAUCGCUACAGGAUGACAAAAAUGCACUCCCAUCCUAGUGCCUCAAAUAACUUGUACAAUACCUUAGGGAUGAACCCAACAUCCGCCAAGCGCCAAGCGUUCGCCUCCCGACGGCACAACACGGUAGAACAACUGCAUUAUAUUCCAGGACACCACCACCACUACCGCACAGCGAGCAAAACAGAGGUGACUGUUUGA